AUGUCGGCCAGCGUUCAGACGGUUCCCCAUCAAGCUGCUGCAUUGGCCGCCGCCACCUCACUUCCCUCAUCCGCCCACCAGUUCCCUGCAGCGCAGUCCUCUCCAACAAGGGAGACCUACCAUGGUCAUCAAAACAUAGGCUCUUCUUCGUCCUCUCGUCGGCCUCCUUCUCGCAAAACAGACGGCUCUGGCACUUCCCAUCCCCACGAGUUUGCUGCGACCAUCGCAGCGCGCUCCGCCGUCGCCAACGCGUCACCGUCUCCCAGCUCCCCUCGCUCGGAUCACGCCGCCAUGCCUCCCGUCGCUCCGCCGCGAACGUCGUCCCAUCAACACUCUUCGAGCUCUCGACGAGCCAACUAUACUACCGAAAAGCCUACUUCGUCUCCAAGACAGUAUCAGCCUGAGUACGAGCGCGCCGAUGCUCGAUCUGGUACGAAUGGCUCUGCCGAAUCCCACGCCAGAGCCCGCCCUCACACGCAAGAAUCUGCUGCCUAUUCUCGACACGCUCCAGAUGUGCGCCUAGUGGACGCGACGAUUCCCAUCCGUUCGCAUCCUAACGAACCGAACCGGGAUGCUCGCGCCCCUGCUGACUCGGCAACGCGUGACGCUCGACCUAGGGACGACCGCAAUUAUGCAGCCUCUCCUUCGCAUCAUGACAAUGGUGCUCCUGCUCCUGCGCCCCCCACCUCUGCAAGCCCAGAUGAGAAGCGUGGCCAGCGUAGCCGACAGGAUCACAGCAAAAGCCACCAAAAGACGUCGAAAUUUGGUGACUUUAUCCUCGGUAACACAAUUGGCGAGGGCGAGUUUGGUAAAGUUAAAUUAGGCUGGAAGCAGGACAGCAAUGCACAGGUUGCUAUCAAGCUCAUCAAGCGCGAAACGGUUGGUAGCAACCCGUUCCGCUUGGCAAAGAUCCGUCGUGAGGUGUCUAUUUUACGAGGCCUCGAUCACCCCAACAUUGUGCGCUUGUUUGAUAUGGUUGAGACGGACCGUUACAUUGGCAUUGUAUUGGAGUAUGCAUCCGGUGGCGAACUUUUCGAUUACAUUCUCAACCAUCGUUACCUGAAGGACAACUCGGCUCGUCGACUGUUUUCGCAGCUCAUAUCUGGUGUUGGCUAUCUACACAAACGCGGCAUUGUCCAUCGUGAUCUUAAGUUGGAAAAUUUGCUCUUGGAUCGCAACCGAAACAUCAUCAUUACCGACUUUGGCUUUGCCAACACCUUUGAUGCCCGUGAAGAGCUUACCGAGGAAGAGGAGUUGCAUCUACAAGAUAAGGAUCAGGUCAAGCGCAUGGGAUUGGACAAGGUCAAGGCUAAUGGCAUGCGCCGAGGUGAUCUUAUGCAAACUAGCUGCGGUAGUCCGUGCUAUGCAGCCCCCGAACUGGUUGUCAGCGACUCCCUCUACACUGGACGCAAAGUGGACGUAUGGAGCUGUGGUGUUAUUCUUUAUGCCAUGCUUGCCGGCUAUCUUCCCUUCGACGACGACCCAGCGAACCCCGAAGGAGACAACAUCAACCUUCUUUACAAAUACAUCGUAAGCACACCUCUUACGUUCCCAGAAUACGUUACGCCGCACGCGAGAGAUUUGCUGCGACGCAUCUUAGUACCAAACCCAAGAAAACGUGCCGAUCUAUUCGAAGUCGCCCGUCACAGUUGGCUCAGCGAAUACUCCCACGUUGUGGAAUUCAUCACCAGCUCGACGACGUUGCCUGCCGAUAUUCAGAAUGCUGCAGGCCACCAGGACUUUUCCUUCACCGACGCUCCCAUGGUCACACGGAGCGCGUCUGUUCGUGAAUCUACCAAGCAAAAAUCACCACAGCCGAUUCAGGUGGGAGGACUGGCGAAAACCAACGCCAAGAUCGAUUCACCCACGACAGAAUCGUCCAGCCGACCUACCAAGGAUUCGAAGCGUCGUACAGUGCAAGUCGAAUAUGUACCCCCAACAACUCAGACACAGCGAGGAUCGGACCCUGCUCCAGAGAGACAACACCGCGAAGGACGCUCUGGGGCAACGGGCGAGAAGCAAUCGUCUGUGCCUUCUGAUUCCACAGCCGUCGCUAGAGAUCCCUACGCCAGAUCUGCCCACCAGCGCGCGCCACCCGUCUCCCACAACACUACACGACCCUCUCGCGACGUACGAUCUGGCUCCGAUCCGAACAACUAUAAUGCUCGCCCCCAGACUGGUGGCUCUAUGCAGUCUACCGGCUCCAUGGGACUCCAGAAUCGUGCCAACUACGGCCAACCAGCGGCACCACCAUCGCUCGCCGACACCAACGCACAGGGCCGCAUUCAGCAACCGGCGUCUGGUGACGAAGAUAGCUACAUGGGUAGAGCUAGUGUUAGCGUACCUCCCAAGUUUGCUCGGGUAUCUGGUUUUCAUGAGGGUGGGCCACCUGCGGAGGCUCGCGGGCACAAGCGAUCCAAUACGAUUGGUGACCUUUCUUCCAAACUUCUUGGACGUAGCGGGUCCGUGUUUGGAAGGAAAAGCAAGCGAUCUGAGGCGGCGGAUGAGAAGUCGACCACUAAGAAGUAUCCUCCUGUCAGUCUUGCACAGGGUGCUGCUCCUGGAGAAGAAUCUGGCCGUGCAUCUAUUGAUUCUCGAAUGUCAGCUGGACGCCGGUCAUUUUCCUUGGGAUUGGGCAAGAAGCGCAGCGGCAGCAUUGCCGAAUCACAAAACUCUGGCGAGAAGAAGGACAGACGCCGAUUCUCUCUGCUCCCUGCCUCGUUCUCCCUCAAAGCCAUUGGCCUCGGAAAGGACCACGGCGACGGAUCCGAUGUUGAUUCCCAGAACGACUCACAAUACGAUCCGAGAAGAGAGCCAGCACGCAAUUUCACAGCUCCUGGAGACGCUAGGGGUCCUGCUCCGUUUGGGGAGCUUCCAGACCCUAGCCGUCAGCGCGAUACAGCAAGCUCUAGCCCAGCACAUCACCAACGCUUCCAAUCGGUUCAGGGUGACGGGCGACUGCCAACCGCGAUUCCUAGCUACAUGUCACAACCUGUUGGCCACCUUCGCAGCGGAUCGGACGCCUCUCUAGACCGAAGACGUCCUCCUACGGAGCCCCAGCUCGGCCGUCAUCAUGGCACGUACACUGCUGGCUUUGAUGGCUACGAAGCUCGACGGGUAGACACGAGCGGGUCUGGCCGUGGUGUUUUGCACAAGAACCACAAGCGAUUCACCGAUGCUUAUGAACAGGGUGACGUUCGUGGCCACGAGGGCAGCACCGGCGCAGCGAAGCGAGUGAUGGACUUUUUCCGUCGCCGUGGCAAGGCCAGAACUGGCGACGAACAGCGAUAA